AUGAGUGAGACCCCAUCUCAGCCUACAACCACUCCCGCCCGCCGUCGUAACGGUCGCGGCAAUGGCCGUCCUGCUGCUCAGAAGGCUUAUGCCUCCGAGAAUGACGUCGCCUCCAUUGAUCCCGCACAUUACGAUCGCACUCCACGGACUCCUCAGAAGGGAGCUGGUACCGAUUCUCCUCAUGCGCAGCUGAGCCAUACCAAUUCGAAACAGCGACCUAGGAAUGGAAACAAUAAUAACAAUAACAACAACAACAACAAACACCGUGGGAAGAAUGGUCCUCACUCACCUGAGUCUGCUCGACCUGGUCGCCACACUCCACCGCAACAAUCUUCAUCCAUGAAGUCGGUUUCUGCCUUUGCCGGAGCCACUUUCCAUGCAUCUCCUGCGCCAUCUGCCUUGCCUCUCCCCAGUUUUGUCUCUCGUUCGGUAACCGAGUCGCCUAGCGUCAGCAAGACAUCUCGAGACAUCUUACAGGAACCCUCGCCCCCUACCGAUACCGAAGCGCCAACUCCUUUGCGCCAGAGUGCAUCGGCUGUUCAGGAAUCUCCGCUCGAUUUCAUGUUUCGCGCCCACCGUCAAGAGAAGGAACGUCAACGCAGCGAAAGCACCAGCAGCUUCCGCCCUUCAGGUCUCGUCACUGAAUCACCCUCUGCACAGUCUCCCUUUGGGCCUGGUAGUAUCCCAAAGCCAGCAACUCUCCCCCAGACAGCCCGCACCCAAACACGCUUCCAGUCUGGCGGCAUCGACAGUGUUGAGCUGGACGGAACUCCAGGUCGUCCCAUGGGCCCGGCGUUUUCAACACCUUAUCAAGAGCGCAUUAAGGCUGCUCGCUCUAACUCUGCUCGAUCUCCUGCUGAUCUAUCCGCCACCCAGCCGAAACCCAACGCUGUACCUGAAGAUCCUACUGAGGCCCUAAAGAAAUUUCUAUUUAUCGGAAACGGAACAAAUGUCUCUCAAUCUGCCCCUACUGGAUUUGCAGCCGCAGCCGCAGCCGCACCCCCUGCUCAACACUACAACCAUGCUAGGAGUGGUCCUAGUGUCCCGGCUCCUUGUGACGGCCGCUCAAACAACCUCCAAGCUAUGGAAAACGACCUUCGACGUAUUCUCAAGCUGGACUUGAGCACUGGAUCGCCAGGAGCGGACCAGCGUUUGUUCUCAUAA